UUUUUUUUAGGCUAUUCAUUCAAAUCCAUGUCCAUUUUAGAUUUCUUAGGUGACGUUUCUAAUAUUUAUUAAGCAUAAAGAACAUCAGUGUAAAUGAUAUUUUUACGUUUGGCCGUAAUGCUUUUAGAUUUAUGCCGUUGUUGUGAAAUUUCCACUUAAGAAAUGUGGAUGGAAGUUGAGAUCGACCAGGGGUCUUUGUUUAUUUUUCUUCAAAGUCGCAUAUCUAUAUUUUAAAAACUACAGACUAAAAUUAUCUGUUUCUUUUUCUUCUUUUUUUUAAUGUGAAGAACAAAAUUGCAAACUUUAUAAUUAGCAAUCGUCUGACAAAGCAGCUGCCACCAGUGGAGACAUAAAGUCCCUCCAAUAAGUGUUGUCGCGUUUUGUUGUGGUGCAACCAAAAACUGGAGGCGUUCUGGGAGAAUCGGAUCUUUUGAACCAACACAAAAUUGCGGAUCUUUGCAUAAUUGAAAGAAAAUUCUUGUUUCCCAAACAAGAAUCUGAAAAAGGGGGGCAUUUAAUCAGUCAAUCUUCUGGAUUGAAAAUAAUUUUAGAUGUUUAAAGGUCACAACAUUGAUAGUUCACAAAUGUUUUAGUCUCUAGAUGUGCAAAGACUGUUGCUGUACCAGAUCUUCAUUGAACGCAGAGUUUUGAAAGCAGUUUGAGUUUUGUUAGUGUUUAAAUGAAAACGCAACAGCUCCAUUGUGAUGGGUUUUGGCACCAGGCUGACUCACGUCCCGAUCGUUGCAAUAUCAGUUUGUGCAAAAAAUGAUAUUACACAGUGAAGCAUAGAAUGCUGUUCUUGUUUCCAGCUGUUGCAAAUUCAGACUUUGCAUGCCAAUAAGAUAAGCAGCAUGGUGGACGGAGAGUCUGCCUGACAUGCCUGACAUAGACGAUGCUGCCCAAGGAAGUAAAUGUUUUAGCUUUUCACAUAUCGUGCAUAAUAACAAGCAACUGACAAGGAAAUUAACAAAAGAAAAGACCCAAGGAAUGAGACACAGGAAGUGAGAAAAAGAUAGAGAUAAAGACAAGGAAAGGAAAAAAGGACAAAAUGGAGGAUAGAAAAUGGGAAGAAAUAGGAUGUAAGGAAAGACACAGCCGAAUAAGUCAGAAAAAAAUUAAGGGGGGAAGGAAUGAGGCAAGGAAUUAGGCACACGGGAAGUGAGAAAAAGAUAGAGGCAAGGAAGAAAACAGAAAGAAAGUGGAUAUGAAAGGACGUGUAAGAAAAGAAGAAAGGAUGGAGAAACGCAAAGAAGAGAGGAAACAAACAGUAGAAGGAAAGGACAGGAGGAAUGGCAGAAGAAAAAAUGCAAACACGUUUCAUGCUCUCCUUUCUCUUCAUUUUCAGACCUGAAAAAUAGGGGGGAAAUUCAAUCCCACGCUCGUCCACACUAUGUAGGAAUCCUGUGAAAAACAAGAAACAGAAGGAAAAGGUGGGGAGGGCUCACUCGGGACCCCAUUAACUCAAGGACCGCCACUGUCCGGUGUUACAAACAUUUCUGUCCGCCGCGUUAGCUGCUGCAGAGGGUCAACGGCGAGACUUUUAGUCAAUGUUCGUAUAAAAAUCGACACCGUUAAUUUUGUCAAAGCUCAACAAAGUCUUACGUUUGGCUCAACCUGUGCAUGCAACCUUGGACAUAAAGCCUGGCCGCUGACAGCCACGGCAUCCAAUGGAAGACCGGAGGGCGGGUUCCGUCCCGAGCGUCGUCCAAUCAGAUUACAGCAGCCAGUUAUUGAUCCCAAUUUGGCUGAGGCAAAGUUUUUGCGUCUGUCGCUCCUUCGAUACAAGACCUGCCUACAGCUUCCAGCGGGCUGCUCCUGCUAGGAGGGGAACACGGAGAGCAGAUAGAGACAGAGGCAGAGUUGGAGGGGUGGGAGACAAAAGGAGAGAGAGAGAGAGAUAGAAAGAAAAGAGAGAGAGCGGGAAGCCGGGGGUUGGACCGUUAAUUUCAUCCACACACACCGAGGAGAGUAGCCCGUACAGCCGCAGCGAAAACAUCACCUCGCCCCGCUGGGACGCAACCAGAGAGCGACCGCAUCCAGCCAGCGUUCAGAUAGUAUGGAACACUAUGACGGAGAGAACGACUACAUGCACCAGGAAGAUGACUGGGACCGGGAUAUGCUCCUGGACCCAGCCUGGGAGAAACAGCAGAGAAAGACUUUUACAGCUUGGUGCAACUCUCACCUCAGAAAAGCCGGCACGCAGAUCGUGAACAUCGAGGAGGACUUUCGGGACGGGCUGAAGCUCAUGCUGCUGCUGGAGGUCAUUUCAGGUGAACGCUUGGCCAAACCAGAGAGAGGCAAGAUGAGAGUCCACAAGAUCUCCAACGUCAACAAAGCGCUCAACUUCAUCACCAGCAAAGGAGUGAAGCUGGUCUCUAUCGGAGCAGAAGAAAUUGUAGACGGUAACGCUAAGAUGACCCUGGGAAUGAUCUGGACCAUUAUCCUUCGCUUCGCCAUCCAGGACAUUUCUGUGGAAGAGACGUCGGCCAAAGAGGGCCUCCUGCUGUGGUGCCAGAGGAAAACUGCACCCUACAAGAACGUCAACAUCCAGAACUUUCACAUCAGCUGGAAGGACGGCUUGGGCUUCUGUGCACUCAUUCAUCGACACCGUCCAGAACUCAUAGACUACGGGAAACUGCGCAAGGAUGACCCCAUGACCAAUCUAAACACAGCCUUUGACGUGGCAGAGAAGUACCUGGACAUCCCCAAAAUGUUGGAUGCCGAAGACAUUGUAGGCACUGCCCGUCCGGAUGAGAAGGCCAUCAUGACCUACGUCUCUAGCUUCUACCACGCCUUCUCGGGCGCCCAAAAGGCGGAGACGGCGGCCAACCGGAUCUGCAAGGUGCUGGCGGUGAACCAGGAGAACGAACAGCUGAUGGAGGACUAUGAGAAGCUGGCCAGCGAUCUGUUGGAGUGGAUCCGUCGCACCAUCCCCUGGCUGGAGAACCGACUGCCUGAGAACACCAUGCAGGCCAUGCAGCAGAAGCUGGAGGACUUCAGGGAUUACCGUCGUCUCCACAAGCCGCCCAAAGUGCAGGAGAAGUGCCAGCUGGAGAUCAACUUCAACACCCUUCAGACCAAACUGAGGCUCAGCAACAGGCCCGCCUUCAUGCCCUCCGAGGGAAAGAUGGUCUCGGACAUCAAUAACGCUUGGGGAAGCCUCGAGGGAGCGGAAAAGGGUUACGAAGAGUGGCUCCUCAACGAGAUCCGCCGGCUGGAGCGACUCGACCACCUGGCGGAGAAGUUCCGGCAGAAAGCGGCGAUUCACGAAGCCUGGACCGAAGGUAAGGAGGACUUGCUGCAGAAGCAAGACUACGAGACCGCCUCUCUGUCAGAGAUCAAGGCUCUGCUGAAGAAACACGAGGCCUUUGAGAGCGACCUGGCCGCGCACCAGGAUCGCGUGGAGCAGAUUGCAGCGAUAGCGCAGGAGUUAAAUGAGCUGGACUACUACGACUCCCCCAGUGUAAACGCUCGCUGCCAGCGGAUCUGCGAUCAGUGGGACGCACUGGGAGGCAUGACCGUGAAACGCACUGAGGCGCUACAGAGAACUGAGAAGUUGCUUGAAACUAUCGACCAACUGUACCUUGAGUUUGCCAAAAGAGCAGCGCCAUUCAAUAACUGGAUGGAGGGCGCCAUGGAGGACCUGCAGGACACUUUCAUCGUUCACACAAUUGAAGAAAUCCAGGGACUGAGCUCAGCCCAUGAGCAGUUCAAAGCCACGCUGCCAGAGGCUGACAAAGAGCGCCUGUCCAUCCUCGGCAUCCACAAUGAGAUUGCCAAAAUCGUGCAGACCUAUCAUGUGAACAUGGCCGGCAACAACCCCUACACAACCAUCAACCCACAGGAGAUCAACGCUAAAUGGGAUAAGGUCAGGCAGCUGGUGCCUCAGCGAGACCAGGCUCUGAUCGAAGAGCACGCCCGGCAGCAGAACAACGAGCGUCUUCGCAGGCAGUUCGCCACACAGGCCAACGUCAUCGGGCCCUGGAUCCAGACCAAGAUGGAGGAAAUCGGCCGGAUCUCGAUCGAAAUGCACGGCACCCUAGAGGACCAGCUGACGCACCUCCGCCAGUACGAGAAAAGCAUCGUCAACUACAAGCCAAAGAUCGACCAGCUGGAGGGAGACCACCAACUCAUUCAAGAGGCUCUCAUCUUCGACAACAAACACACCAACUACACAAUGGAGCACAUCCGUGUGGGCUGGGAGCAGCUGCUCACCACCAUCGCCCGCACCAUCAACGAAAUCGAGAACCAGAUCCUGACACGAGACGCCAAGGGCAUCAGCCAGGAGCAGCUGAACGAGUUCCGCGCCUCCUUCAACCACUUUGACAGGGACCACUCGGGCACUCUGGGCGCGGAAGAGUUCAAGGCCUGCCUGAUCAGCCUGGGCUUCGAUAUCGCCAACGACGCGCAGAAGAGAACAGGAAUCAUGGAUGCAGAAGACUUCAAAACCUGCCUUAUCUCCAUGGGUUACAACCUGGGGGAAAACGAGUUCUCCCGCAUCAUGAGCACAGUGGACCCCAACAGAAUGGGCAUUGUCACCUUCCAGGCCUUCAUAGACUUCAUGUCGCGCGAGACGGCCGACACGGACACAGCCGACCAGGUCAUGGCGUCCUUCAAGGUUCUCGCUGGGGACAAGAACUACAUCUUGGCUGACGAGCUGCGCCGCGAGCUGCCCCCAGACCAGGCCGAGUACUGCAUCGCGCGCAUGGCCCCCUACACGGGCCCCGACGGUGUCCCCGGAGCCCUGGACUACAUGUCCUUCUCCACGGCACUUUACGGGGAGAGCGACCUCUGAACACUGGCGCCGGGCGUCCUGACCCGGGACCAUCCUGGCCCCCGCCCCGCUCCGUUCACCGCCACGUGCUCCGAUUCGACUCCACUCUCCUGUCCAGCUGCGCUGAUUUAUUUUUUUUAAUUUUUAAUUUUUUUUGUACGUUUCAGGCCUUAUCUUUUUGUCAGUAUCUUCCGUGACCUCUCACCUGUCCAGCUUCGUCACCGCUCCCUCUUUCCCUCCCUCGCUCCGUCUUUGUUGUGUUUGCUUUUCAUCGCAAAGCAGCGACUCUCCAGGUUUACAGAGAGGGAGAGAUAAAAUGUGCUUUUUUUUUUGUCAUUGAUUUUCUUCAGAAAAAUGAAUAAAGUUAACAUUAUUUUAUUAUACUGAACAAAAAAAGGUAUUUUUCUUCACCUGGUUAAAUAAGAGAUGAAAAAUUGUAAUAAAGAAAAAAAACAACA